AGAGAAUGAGGACAUUCGGUGUCAGACUCGCUGUGAUUUUACUCGCCUUCAUUUACUUUCAGAAGAUCUCUGCCCUGCUGUUUUUGACAAGUAAUUUUGUGCUGUUAAGCGUGCUUCACAAUGAGCUGCUGGAGGAGGAGUUGAGCGUCACUAGCGAAACACAAGAGUCAACAGAAAUGUGGAUGAUGCCGUACGACAUAAGGGGAAACCACUACCCCGGUCCCGUCAGAUGCCGGUUCUGCUGCGGCUGCUGCCUCGCUGAUGUCUGUGGGUUGUGCUGCGACUGAAAUUCCGCUGCGCUCAGAUUUUUUUGCAGCUGUUGCCACUGAUAUUUAUUCCUGUUGUCUUCAAUUAAACCGGCGACGUCAGCGAACACGUCCGUGGGUUCGGACGCCACGUCGCUUUCCGCUCGCCGUCGAGUGCGGAGAAAGAAAUUGCCGUGGAAAACGGCGAA